UUUUUCCCUGUACUGAUCUUUUGCUUGAUAUUCUCUCCAAGCUUUGGAGUUUGAAGAAGUAAAAGCGGAAAAAGGCAUUGGGAUUGUAAGACGAGUUAGAUUUUCCGUGCUGUCUUUCUGCAACGCAUCUCUUCGCAGCUGAUCUCAGAUUUUCUGCUUCGGUUUCAGUGGCCGGUGAACCGCCGACAAUUGGAGUUUCUGGUAGUGAGCGGCAGCUUGGUUCUGCAUUUCCGGUGAUUAUUCUGGUCAAGUUUCUAUGGGAACUGAGUCAGAAUUCCCAGCAAAAACGAUCUGCUGCGCUUAAAACCUGUUUUGUCCAUGGACCAUCAUUUAGAGCCUAAAAGGAAUUCAAGAGAUCAACAAUGUGGAACUACUGAGAAGAUUAUGCUGCCCCAAGCAAGCAAUAGGGGCAAUUCACGAGGCAGGUUCAAACAAGAAAAGCAUAAUCUGUCUGAUGCUGAUCUCCAUCGUGAAAUUACUAAAAGUACCAGUGAUGUCUCACCAAAAUCUUCAUGUAAUUACCAGAAGCACCAUGCUGGUAUGAAGGCAAAUGAAGAUGAUGAGCUUGUCAAGUACAUGUCAAGUUUACCAAGUUAUCUGGAGAGAGGUAAAAACCCCCAGGAGAAAGUUUUAAAUGUUGGGGUCCUUGAGUGGGGACGGCUAGAAAAGUGGCAAUAUAGCCAUAAGCAGGUCUCACAUCGAAGCAGUAUAUCUUCACUCUCUAAUAGCAACACAUCCUCUUCUUUCUCCACAGAUGAUUCAUCUGCACAUUCAAGCAGAGGUCAUAGCUGUUCUCCGACCCAUCAGUGGGCGCGCCGGCUUCCAUUGCAAUUUCAUCUGAUGUCAUCUCCCAAAGAAGACAAUUUGCAUGGUGGUAAACCAUUAGGGGACGGUGUUGGAAAGCCACAAGAUCUCAAGGCUGCUGACGGCAACACCUUCAAUGGUCAGGCAAAAUUCAUUGGAGCAGAUAAAUCUUCUAUUAGAAACCAUCCUGCAAUCAAACCAGAACAGUUCAGAGGGAAAGAUACACGCUCAAGGAUCAAAUCAGAAUAUGGAACUUCAGAUGGAGUAAAUUCUAAAGUAAACAUUGCGAGGCAAGAUGGAAAAUCUAUGAACAAAGAGGAGAAGCUUCAGAAAGAGAAUCUAGAUGACCUUAAGCAAGAUUUUUCUGGAAAAGGGAAAACUGUUGUGCUUCUUCAGCCAAGAGAUUUCCCCAAAAUGAAUGAUUCUGGAGCAUCUGGACUUUCUGAUCCAACAACAAACACAAGUCAGCAGAAGGCAGCACCCAGUCAGAGGAGUGUUGCAGAGAAAUUGAGUGAGGCUAACCAUGAUAAGAGCAAUUCUAAUCUUUCACAUUCAUGCCCACUUCCACGUGAAGUUGAUGGCAGAAAUCUUCCUCGGAUAAAACCUGUAGAUGCAAAGAAUAUUGAAUUUUCAUCUGAAAUGUCUUGUUCUGCACUACAUUCAGCAAAGACAGGAUGUAGUGCUGCUAGAAGCAGAAAUCUAGAAGGGAGGGUUGCUUCUGUGAAGCCUGUUGUGAAUGAGCCUCUCAAAGGAUCAGAUCUGAGGGUGAGCAAGGUGGCACCUGAAAAAGUAAGAAGCACUUCUCCCUUCCGUUUUGUGAAGCCUGCUGUGAAUGAGCCUCUCAAAGUGUCAGAUCUGAAGGUGAGCAAGGUUACACCUGAAAAAGUAAGAAGCACUUCUCCUUUCCGUCGCUUUAGUUUUGGUAUUGGUAAGACAAGUAAGAGUUCCAGCUCCAGAGAUACUUCUGCAGUACCUCAGUUGAGCCCAGUGUGUACUUCUGCCAAAUGUGAUUCAGAGAUCCCUGUUGCUUCUCACCAUGCUAGUACCUAUGGUGAUAGAACGAAUGCUGCAAGUAAAGGGAGGUCGAGCCCUUUGAGAAGAUUGUUGGACCCACUGUUGAAGCCAAAGGCAGUGAGUUGUUCUAAUGUUGCUGAGUCAGUAGAGAAACGCUCAAUAUCAACUGAAAGGGCCCGUAAAUCAUCACAUGGACUAGCACUUUCUUCAACUACUAGUUUGUCAUCAGGGAAAGUGAAAUCAGAAACAACCAGUACCAGAUGUAGCACAGUGAAUGUCAAUGAUUCAUCUGAAUACAAUAAACAUGGAUCAUCAGUAAUUCAGGCUCUUCUAAGAGUUCAAUUUAAGAACGGCUUGCCUCUUUUUACAUUUGCAGUUAAUAAUGGGAGUGACAUUCUUGCAGCCACUAUGAAGAUGUUUAGUGCCCCAAGCAAGGACAACCAUGGUUGCAUUUUUACAUUCUUUUCCAUUCCAGAAGUCAAGAAAAAGAAUGGAAGAUGGAUAAAUCAAGGAGGAAAGGGUAAAGGUCAGGACUAUAUCCCAAAUGUAGUGGCCCAAAUGAAGGUUUCUGGUUCUGAUAUUUCACAUUUGCCAAGACAGAACUGCAUUGAUCAGUUCAGGGUUAGAGAAUUUGUUCUUUUAGGUGUGGAUCUAGGACAGGCAAAUCAGCCAACAUCUGAUUUCCAGCAAAAAGAUGAGCUUGCAGCUAUUGUUAUGAAGAUCCCAAAAAGAAUUACUAAAGGUUCAAGCAGAGAUGGGUAUCAGACGGAUAUGCAUAAUGACUCACAACAGGCUGGGUUAAAAGACUGUCUGCCUGAGGUGAAAUUUGAUUCUAGUUUUGUUAAAAAUACCCGGAAUAGCCUUUUUCUUGGUCAUCAAGAUAUUGAUACUACAGUCAUACUUCCAAGCGGUGUGCAUAGCCUGCCAAGUAAAGGAGGACCUUCAUCAUUGAUCCAACGGUGGACAGCAGGCGGAUCAUGUGAUUGUGGUGGUUGGGACUUAGGUUGCAAGCUUAAGGUUCUUUCCAAUGGGAAUCAACUCAGCCAGAGACCUGGUUUGACAAAAAGUUCUGAGGAUGCUGAUCCAUUUGAACUUUUCUUUGAGGGUGGACUACAAGAGAACAGGCCUUUCUUCAGCAUGGCCCCUUUCAAGGAUGGAAUCUAUUCAGUUGAGUUCAAUUCAUCACUUUCACAUAUGCAAGCAUUUUCCAUUUGUAUAGCUGUUUGGGACAGUAGGAGAUUUUGUGAGCUUUCCGGAUCAAUUAAUUCAUUUGAAGAAAGAACUUCACUGGAGACCAUAUUAGUGCAAAAUGAAGGAACAAAGGCUCCUAAUCCGACUGAAGGAGAGAGUCCUGGAAGAUAUGUGUCAUAUCCACCCAAUAUCUCUCCAGUUGGAAGAGUCUAGCUUCACAGUGCAAAAGAUCCUGUAAUUACUCUAGGCCAUGAAGAUAAGUACAUCUCUGGUUUGAUGGAGAUCCUGCGCUACCCUUUCACAUUUGCCUGGGGCUUGCCACAAUGGUAGGAACAGGUUCUCCCUAGAGCUUUUGGUCAUUGUAUUUUUCAUUUACUUUUGAUUUUACUUUGGACAAUAGAAGCCAUAUUUAACUCUACUAGAGAUGUCUUCAAUGUAAGUGUGCAUAUUAUGAGUGAUUUAAUAAGCUUUUUAUGAGUGCAUUUAUUCAUGUAUCAAAGCCAAUUGGUUCCCAUACAUGGAAGGUUUUUUCUCAACUGGCAUGGGACACAUAUUUUGGCUAGAUAAGCUCAGGCGACUUUGGGAAUGGUUUUUAGUUUUUCCAUGCUCCAUUCAUGGCCCAUUUUAAUAAGCUACAAAUGUUGCA